UAAAGAGUUUUCAGGAUACGCGUGGUUGGACGCAUUUGCAACCAAUACAAACACUUGUGUGCCACUGUAUUGCUUUCCAAUCUUCCGUAUCUUAAAACAGCCUUCACUGCGAAAAAACAACAAACAAAUAUCAAAUUUCGAAAAUCUUUUAUAAUAAUUUGUGAUUAGUCAGAUUUCAGAUUGAAACCUUUUUCAUUGCUAGUUUUGUUCAAUUUUAGUGAGGUUUAUCUGCAAAUACAUUGAAGAUGGCUGCGAAAAAGAUUGAAUUCGAGCUAUGCCCUGGGAGGAACAUUGGAACAGAUCACCCUUGCUUCAUCAUCGCUGAGAUUGGGCAGAAUCAUCAGGGGGAUGUGGGGAUAGCGAAGCAAAUGAUUAAGGCGGCCAAGGAGGCAGGCGCCGACUGUGUCAAGUUUCAGAAGAGCACGGUGUUGGAGAGAUUUAACAAAAAGUGCCUCGAAAGGCCCUACAAUGUCCCCCAGAGCUGGGGCAAAACUUACGGAGAGCAUAAACUGUACCUAGAGCUCUCAGAGGAUGCGUACUUAGAGCUACAAGCCUAUGCGAAGGAGCUCGGAAUCUACUUCUCAGCCUCUGCCUUUGACUUCAAUGCCGUGAAUUUCCUGGAAAAGAUCAACGUGCCCUUUUUCAAAGUGCCAAGUUCCGACACUGGAAGUCUGGAGUUCAUUGAGUUCAUGGCCAAGAAAAGAGUGCCUAUGGUUAUAAGCACUGGCAUGCAAGACAUGAUAACAGUGAAGAGAGUGUACCAUCUGGUGAAAAAGUACCACGACAACUUCACUUUCCUCCAGUGCACUUCAGCAUACCCGGUGGGACCGGAGAACACCAACCUCCGUGUCAUCCAGACAUUCCAGGAUACUUUCAAGGACGUUCCAAUCGGAUACUCGGGUCACGAGAGUGGUAUCUCAGUCUCACUCGCCGCCGUAGCUUUGGGCGCCAAAGUUCUGGAAAGACACGUGACUCUGGAUAAGUCAUGGAAAGGUACCGACCAUAAGGCAUCUCUGGACAUGAGCGAACUGACUGAGUUGGUGAAACAAGUUCGCAUAGUCGAAGCUUCUCUGGGAUGUCCGGAAAAGAAAAUGCUGGACGUUGAGGCCCCUAUGAAACGGAAAUUAGGCAAAAGUGCAGUGGCAAUUGGUGAUUUGAAACAAGGAACGGUACUCAGUAAGGAUAACAUGUCAAUCAAGAAUGCGGAGCCGGUUGGCUUUUUGCCGCACGAGUUCUCGAAGCUGAAGGGGGCUAUUUUAACUAAAGAUGUUGGGGAUGACGAGACUAUUUUGCCAAAUGCAGUUGAGUUCAGUGCCGAGACCAGCGCGGCAACUGGGAAGUUUGUAGCUGUUGUAUUGGCCAGAAAAGGCAGCAAAGGAGUGCCUGGAAAGAAUACCAAGAUACUGAAUGGACUGCCUCUGGUCGCCUGGAGUAUUCUGGCAGCCAGGAAGGCCUCCUGCUUCGACGAAAUCUGGGUGUCCACCGACUGCGACCACAUUGGCGCCAUUGCUGAGUCAUUCGGGGCCAUGUAUUUCCGGCGUGACCCCAUGAGUGCCCUGGAUCGUAGUUCCAGCAAGGACGCCCUACUGGACUUUGUGGGCAAUCACCCGGACGUGUGGGCCGCAGCCUACAUCCAGUGCACUUUCCCCACCCAGAACCCGGAUCUUCUUUCCAAGGCGGUGUCCAUGAUUCGAGCCGAUGAGUUCGAUUGUGUCUUUUCUGUGGGAAGAAGUCACAAGUUCAGAUGGACUCCCAUUACAGCUGAGAAUAAGUACACUCGGCCUUUGAACUUUGACCCCUCCAAGCGGCCCAGAAGACAGGACUGGCAAGGCGAAAUCAUCGAGAAUGGUGCAUUCUACAUGUUCCGAGUGGAGGAGUUGUUGUGCAGUGGGGACUACCAGAGCAACAGAGUGACCUAUCUGGAGGACUUUGGGGUGGGUCAGGGGGAGACAGUGGACAUCGACACCCCGGAGGACUUCGUCCGGGCUGAACUGCUGGUGAAGAAGCACUGUGAGACUUACAAUCUAGACGACCUCAUCGCCCCGGCCACUGGAGAGAAAUACCGACAGAUGAUGAUGAUGGAAGCAGCCAGGACUGCAGCUGCUCAAAAAGUGGGAGACACUCCCCAGUGAUCACGAGAAAGCAACUGAAAACAAAUAUAUAAAAAGAAGAAACGAAAACAAAAAUGGAAGCGAACUCUUACAUUUUGGAAUUAUUGAAAACAUUUUCAAUUCAACUCUCACCGGAUCAAAAUCAUCUAAAUUAUCAUUUUGCAGAUUUCACAGUUAUUUUAUCAUAAUUCAUAUUUGAUUUGCAUGUGUAUGCAAAGACGUGUGACGCCACAAAUGUGUUUUCAUUAAAAAAUAUCCAACUUCAUAUCAAACCAAAUUUUGUGUGUUUAAAUGUAUAAUUGAUU